UGUUGCCAGUUUGUGUAUGUUUUUGGGACGAAGAAUAUUACAGUUUUACAGAUCGAAUACUUUUGAAUCAUUCAUUAAAAUUAUUUGUAUUUCUUUCAAAUUUUAAGAAAAAAAUUGUAUUCUAUAGAUCAGAUUAUGUAAGCAAGUAUCUAGCGAAAACCAUAUGUACAGUGUUAAUUGUUGCAAGAGAGUGCUUUACAAAGUUUGGCAAGGAACACCACACGAGGAACGAGUACAAUGAUGUCAGAAAGUGAUGUCAAUGUUUGAAAAGUUACAGACUACGAUUGACAAGACUAUUAAUGAAGGAAAGUGGUUGUCAAAUUUUGUCUCGACCACGAUAGAGAAGUUUCUUGCUGCCAGAAAGUGUUUUUAAUUAUUAAAGGUACCGACAACGACUGAUAAGUUAAUUCAAUAUUUCAUGCGUUCUUUUAAAGACUGAAGCCACAGGGUGAAUAUUGGCUGGAAACAUCGAUGCAAUUCCAACUAAAGAAGACUAAAAUUGGAUAAAUUCUAGUUGUUGUGAUAUAUGUGAGAAUAUUUUGUGAAUUGUGUAUGUGAAAUUGCAGCUCUUAAGCACAAAUCGUAAAUCACGAAAAAAUGGAGAUUGUUUUACUAUGUCUUUUUGUAGUUUUAUCGAUUACGUUAGCGACAAUGGUGUUAGUGAAAUCCAAGGGUGCCCGGAGCCCGCCAGGCCCACGUGGACUCCCUUAUUUUGGGAAGGCAUUUAGUUUUCCUGUUGACUCCGCCUAUCUGCAGUUCUCCGAGUGGGCGCGCAAGUUUGGGGAUAUUUUCAUGUUCAGUAUGUUUGGAACAAAGGUUGUGGUAUUGAACAGUCCAGAUCUCAUCAAGAAGGCCUUUGCCGGGAAAGAGUUGGCUUUGAAGCUAAGCGACAGGCCCCCGUCUUUCAUUGGACACUUUGUUGGAAAUGGAUACAAAGACAUUCUGUUCAGAAGGUAUGAUGAGUUGUGUUCAAAAUUGAAGUCUGUGACUUUAAAGGCCAUGUACACUGCGAGGAAUGGAAAUCCAGACUUCGACGAUAUGCAGAUGGCGGAAAUAAACGAUUACGUACGGAAAAUAACGAACAGCAACGGAGACACGAAUAUUAUAGCGCCACUACAAGCGACUCUUUGUAAGCUGAUAGGAAUUAUGUUUACAGGCAAACGCCUUGUGGAUGACGAUCCGGUUCUGCAGGCGAUUGCAAGUUUUGAUGACGUAGGCAAUGAGCUCAUCAAUCCAGCCGUACACUUAGUCUUCAAGGUAGCGCCCUGGAUCAGAUACCUGCCAGGCUACUAUGGUAACCUGUACCGAAAGGUUAUGGCGAGCACGAAAACCCUUCGGAAUGAACUAGUAUAUAAAUUGAAGACCCAGCCUCCAGACGACAGAGUGAGUCUGCUUUCAGAGUUGUUCAAAUUGCAGACAACAGAAAGCUGGAUAACAGACGACCACGUGCUCGGCGUUAUCAUGGAUCUCAUUAACACGUCGACGCUUACGUCACGUGGUGUGUUGUCUGGGGUUCUGUUUCUGCUUGUCCACCACCCACACAUGCAAACGAAAAUUCAACAAGAGAUUGAUGAUGUCAUAGGCCCGAAGAGGCAGCCCUCAGCAGACGACAUGAAUAAAAUGCCAUAUACACACGCCUGCAUACUGGAAACACUUAGGUACCAAUCACAUCUUGCCCUCAGUGCAACCCAUACGAACGCAGAAGAAGACAUAGAAAUAGAGGGGUUCUUCAUUCCUAAAGGCACGUCCGUGUAUGGAAACCAAUGGCAUGUGCAUCACGACAAGCGCCUGUGGACGGAACCUUGGAGCUUCCGGCCUGAGCGGUUCCUGAAAGAGGACGGAUCGCUGCUGCCAGAAACCAGCGACCUUAGACACAGAUACUUCAUGCCGUUUGGUGUGGGUUUCCGAUCAUGCAUGGGCGUGAAAACUACAUACAGCCGGAUGUUUUUCUUUGUCACCGCGUUGCUACGCAACAAUGUGCUUCUCCAGCCAACUUCCGACAGCUUGCCGUCUGCAGACCCUAUGAUGCUCACUCCGGGAACAGUCCUCCAGGCGCCAGAAUUCACAUGCAGAGUUGUGCCCCGUUGAUCGAAUCUUCAAAUGUUAUGUUUCCCUAUUAAUCGUUAAUUUAUUUAAUAUAGUGUUCAUUAAAAUGUGUGCCAAUAAUUGCCUUUUACCUGUGUUUUAUACAUUGUUAUUUUUUUGUUAUUUAUGAAUGAUUAUCUUGUUGUUAAUCAUUAUGCAUAUUUGUCGUUUAUCCGAUCUUUUAUCGGUUAUAAAGUUAUUUUGAUGCGUGUGUUGUCUGAAUGUGUUGUUUGUAUUAGCGUACGACUGUAUGUGUUGUUUAAACGUUUGUGUAUCUAGUUCAUUGUCGUUUUGGCAUUAUCCUUGUGUUUUAAAACAGGGCUUAGUUUUGAAUUGUCGACUAAUGGUCAUGUCUGUGUAGUUUUCAAUUUAUUAUUGAUAUUUUAGAAACCUUUACUUUACCUGUGGUCUUGUCCCGUUAGGUAGUUCAUUGUUAUAGGACCUAACCGCAGGUAAGUCCCCACGCCCAUUCUUUAGAGUUUUUUUCUUUCCGUACUACGACGGCAAAACAUAUAUACCUUUUAGUUUCAUUUCACAUUUUAUGUUGAAUAAGAUACGUACUUGGAAACGCAUAAAUUUGUUUGAGGCAAUGUUUUGUUGCUAAUUUUAUGAAACAUUGUUUAAUACAAAUGCUGCCUGAAGUAUUAUAUUUUGCAUUAUAGUAAUUGAAAAAAUAUAGAAUGAUAUUUGAUUAUUUGCAAUUAGAAUACAGUCGUUACAUUGAUACUGGUUUAUAUUAGUUUUUGUAUUUGAUAUUUUGUUAAAAUUGUAAAACAGAACUAAAUGAUUUCAAAUUACUUGUUCUUCCUGUACACGGGCGUGAAAUCGUCCUUUGGCAUGCACGAAUGUGUUAUGAGGCUUUUUUUAUCGAAAGUACAAAACGUUUGAUUGGACUAUAACAAUUUUAUCUGAUAAUAAUAAAACAUGCUUUCAGAGGUUGUAUUUAAAGCUAAUACCUCAUGCGUGAGAGAAGGACAGCUCAUCCAACUGACUAUUCUAAAUCUUUCUACUAUUUUUUUAGUUGACUUUAACCGUUGCAAAAAUGACAACUAUUAUAUCGCAUUUAAAAACAUGUAGCGUAUAUGUUUGCAUAUGUUGGUGUUUAAUACUGGCAAUCAACAGAAAAUGGAACAGGAACAGAGAGAGCGCAAGCCCAGUCCAGUCGUUCCAUUUUCUGUUGAUCGUAAAGAUUUAACAUUAACUUGUGUUUUGCCCAAUGACUCUAUCCCUCUCGACUAAGUCAAUUGAAUGUAAGGAAUUAGAAGCCACGUGAUAAUUUGGCGCGAAAGGCGUGUAGUUUACAGUUUGAUUGAAGCGAUUCGAAACUGGUUGGUUAUAACAAACACAGUCAAUUAUGUCAGAUUUGUUUAACUUAUGUGUGAUGCAAAUUUUGCAAAUUAUUAAUGUACACAAAAUUGUUGGAAAACCUCCAUUAAA